UUAGAAUGAAAUUACUUUAAAGCUGAACAAGACUUUUACCCGUAAUCGAUAGGAAUGAACUCUAUUAGAAGAAACAUUCACAGAUAAAAGGCUGAUCAAAGCUCAAAACAAAGACUAUAAGUUUUCCAACCUAAAAGAGUCCUUAAACGUCCGGUCUAAAAUUGCUAGUCAUCGAUGAAAAAACAAUGUAGCACUACAGCACAUUGGUCAGAGGUCAAGUGCAAAAGUAGCGCUGUUGCUGAAAUUUGCCACAUUCCUAUGGAUUGAUAAAAACAUAUCCCAUAUUCCUGUACUUGUUUCAAUUCAAUAUUCCAACAUUUUUACGUGCGAUUUGAGAUACCUAUUGAUAUUUUUAUCACCUGCUGAUAUAACAGAACCCCGUUGCGCAAUUUGUCUAUAGGCAGUCUGGAGACGUUUUCCAACUUUUUUACGUGCGAUAUGAGAUGCUUAUUGAUAUUUUUAACAGUAUUUGCACCAAUUAUUUGAUUUGUUUAAUGGACAGUUCUGAGUCUUAAUCCUUAAGCUAAGUACACUCUAGUAGACCCCGUUGCACAAUUUGCCUAUAGGCAGUCUGGAGACGGCCUCAUGUCACGAUCUAUAGAUAGUCUAUAGACAUCCUUCUUUGAUUCGUCUAGCGUCCAUACGAUAAUGUGAAUUGUUCGGUCUCAUGUUCGUUUCCACCAUCAAUGACAUUGUUUUAUGUGAAUGGACUGGGAUAUGCAUCGUCUCUAGACGUCGAGUGACAGUAUACACUGUCGGAAUGUGUGAACGUAUGUACCUUCCGAUCGGCACGGGUAUCAGCUGAUCCAUGGUAAGACCUACAGGAGUUUGGUAGAAGAUAAAAACCGCUUCUCCAUUUUCCAAGACAACGUGCGUAUGAUCCAAGAACACAACAAAAAAUACGAGUCGGGCGAGGUGAGUUACGCUAUGAAGGUAACACAGUUUGCCGACAUGACCCAACAAGAGUUCUUGGAUCUGCUGAAGACCCAAGGCAAAGCUGACCGACCAAGAAAUGCCCUAGAAUUUGAUUCCACGGGUAUUGAGACAAAGACUGCAAUUGACUGGAGGAAAAAGGGUGCUGUGACAGCUGUCAAAAAUCAAGGUCAAUGCGGCUCAUGCUGGGCUUUCAGUGCUGUUGGAUCCAUCGAAGGUCACCUGUUCCUUAAAAACAAAACGUUGAUCGAUUUGAGCGCUCAAGAACUAGUAGACUGUGCCACAGGCAAAUACGAGAACCUUGGCUGCAAAGGGGGGCUUAUGGACGAUGCCUUCAAGUAUGUCGAAGACUAUGGCAUUCAGAGUGAGGAAUCCUACCCUUACGAAGCCAUUGACAGCGAGUGCAAACGCAAAGGAUAUGCAGUUAAGAUCAAGUCAUUCGUUGACCUCAAGGACGAGAAAGAAGUCACUGCAGCUGUGUCUUCCAAAGGACCAGUCUCUGCAGCCAUUGAUGCUUCCACCAUGCCUUUCUACAGUCAUGGAAUCGUCGAUAAGAGGAGUAGAUGUAGCAGUUUGCUAAAAGAUCUGGACCACGGUGUCCUGAUUGUUGGUUAUGGAAGUGAAGACGGAGUUGACUACUGGAUCGUGAAGAACUCCUGGGGAGCUGAUUGGGGAGAGCAUGGAUACGUCAGGAUUAAGAGGAAUGUCAACGCAUGCGGUAUCGCUCUUUACAACUCCUAUCCUGUCCUAAACAUGAAGUCCUUGGUUGUAGUUGCUACUUUGGUUCUGGUGGCUUGCGCUUCUUCUAUUAAAGAAGAAUGGCAGCAAUUCAAGCUGAUCCAUGGUAAGACCUACAGGAGUUUGGUAGAAGAUAAACACCGCUUCUCCAUUUUCCAAGACAACGUGCGUAUGAUCCAAGAACACAAUAAAAAAUACGAGUCGGGUGAGGCGAGUUACGCUAUGAAGGUAACACAGUUUGCCGACAUGACCCAACAAGAGUUCCUGGACCUGCUGAAGACCCAAGGCAAAGCUGACCGACCAAGAAAUGCCCUAGAAUUUGAUUCCACGGGUAUUGAGACAAAGACUGCAAUUGACUGGAGGAAAAAGGGUGCUGUGACAGCUGUCAAAAAUCAAGGUCAAUGCGGCGCAUGCUGGGCUUUCAGUGCAGUACGUAUAUUUUGA